AUGGCGUCGGACAGCGAAGACGAAGUCAUGGAUGCGUUUAUGGACAAAUUCAGGACCGAAAAGUACGAUAAUGGUUUCAACGAGGACAACUGGGAAGAGGAGAUGGAGAGAAUUCCCCUGUUUAUGAGCAAGGCUCCAGAUGUCAUAGACCCAAGGAAAUACCCGGAACUGGCUGCUCUGCAGUCUAUGAUCCAUGACGAAGACCGCACAACAGAGGAGAAAGCAGAAGACCUGAAGAGUGAAGGCAACUCUAGGUUCAAAGUUAAGAAGUACAAUCAGGCCCUUGUGUCCUACACUGCUGCACUGAAAAUGAAAUGUGAAAAUGAAGACCUGAACGCAGUCAUCCUCUCAAACCGGGCGGCCACGCAUUUCUAUCUGGGUAAUAUGCGUUCAGCUUUGAAAGAUGCCACAGCUGCAAAGAAGUUAAAGCCAGACCACCUUAAGGCCAUCAUCAGAGGUGCUCAGUGCUGCAUGGAGCUGCGACACUUUGCAGACGCCGUCCUCUGGUGCGACGAGGCCCUCUCCCUGAGCCCCACGGACACGAAGGUCCUGGAGCUGCGAGCAACAGCUGACAAGAACAAGAGAGCAGCCGACAGAGAUGCACGGAAAGCCCAGGCACGGGAGAAGAAACUGCAGGGAGAGAGGCAAACUCUUCUUGACGCUAUAAAGGCAAGUGUCGAACCACAGACUCCGAGCCAGAACCACAGACUCCGAGCCAGAACCACAGACUCAGAGCCAGAACUACAGACUCGGAGCCAGAACCACAGACUCAGAGCCAGAACCACAGACUCGGAGCCAGAACCACAGACUCGGAGCCAGAACCACAGACUCGGAGCCAGAACCACAGACUCGGAGCCAGAACCACAGACUCAGAGCCAGAACCACAGACUCAGAGCCAGAACCACAGACUCGGAGCCAGAACCACAGACUCAGAGCCAGAACCACAGACUCGGAGCCAGAACCACAGACUCGGAGCCAGACCAAGACUCGAGCACAGACUCGGAGCCAGAACCACAGACUCGGAGCCAGAACCACAGACUCGGAGCCAGAACCACAGACUCAGAGCCAGAACCACAGACUCAGAGCCAGAACCACAGACUCAGAGCCAGAACCACAGACUCAGAGCCAGAACUACAGACUCAGAGCCAGAACUACAGACUCAGAGCCAGAACUACAGACUCAGAGCCAGAACCACAGACUCAGAGCCAGAACCACAGACUCAGAGCCAGAACCACAGACUCAGAGCCAGAACCACAGACUCAGAGCCAGAACUACAGACUCAGAGCCAGAACUACAGACUCAGAGCCAGAACCACAGACUCAGAGCCAGAACCACAGACUCAGAGCCAGAACCACAGACUCAGAGCCAGAACCACAGACUCAGAGCCAGAACCACAGACUCAGAGCCAGAACCACAGACUCAGAGCCAGAACCACAGACUCAGAGCCAGAACCACAGACUCAGAGCCAGAACCACAGACUCAGAGCCAGAACCACAGACUCAGAGCCAGAACCACAGACUCAGAGCCAGAACCACAGACUCCGAGCCAGAACCACAGACUCCGAGCCAGAACCACAGACUCGGAGCCAGAACCACAGACUCGGAGCCAGAACCACAGACUCGGAGCCAGAACCACAGACUCGGAGCCAGAACCACAGACUCGGAGCCAGAACCACAGACUCGGAGCCAGAACCACAGACUCGGAGCCAGAACCACAGACUCGGAGCCAGAACCACAGACUCGGAGCCAGAACCACAGACUCGAGCCAGAGACCGGAGCCAGAACCACAGACUCGGAGCCAGAACCACAGACUCGGAGCCAGAACCACAGAACCACUCGGAGCCAGAACCACAGACUCGGAGCCAGAACCACAGACUCGGAGCCAGAACCACAGACUCGGAGCCAGAACCACAGACUCGGAGCCAGAACCACAGACUCGGAGCCAGAACCACAGACUCGGAGCCAGAACCACAGACUCGGAGCCACAGACUCGGAGCCAGAACCACAGACUCAGAGCCAGAACCACAGACUCAGAGCCAGAACCAAAGACUCAGAGCCAGAACUACAGACUCAGAGCCAGAACCACAGACUCAGAGCCAGAACCACAGACUCAGAGCCAGAACCACAGACUCAGAGCCAGAACCACAGACUCAGAGCCAGAACCACAGACUCAGAGCCAGAACCACAGACUCAGAGCCAGAACCACAGACUCGGAGCCACAGACUCAGAGCCAGAACCACAGACUCAGAGCCAGAACCACAGACUCGGAGCCAGAACCACAGACUCGGAGCCAGAACCACAGACUCGGAGCCAGAACCACAAACUCAGAGCCAGAACCACACACUCAGAGCCAGAACCACACACUCAGAGCCAGAACUACAGACUCAGAGCCAGAACCACAGACUCAGAGCCAGAACCACAGACUCAGAGCCAGAACCACAGACUCAGAGCCAGAACCACAGACUCGGAGCCAGAACCACAAACUCAGAGCCAGAACCACAGACUCGGAGCCAGAACCACAGACUCGGAGCCAGAACCACAGACUCGGAGCCAGAACCACAGACUCGGAGCCAGAACCACAGACUCGGAGCCAGAACCACAGACUCGGAGCCAGAACCACAGACUCGGAGCCAGAACCACAGACUCGAGCCAGAACCACAGACUCGGAGCCAGAACCACAGACUCGGAGCCAGAACCACAGACUCGGAGCCAGAACCACAGACUCGGAGCCAGAACCACAGACUCGGAGCCAGAACCACAGACUCGGAGCCAGAACCACAGACUCAGAGCCAGAACCACAGACUCAGAGCCAGAACCACAGACUCAGAGCCAGAACCACAGACUCAGAGCCAGAACCAAAGACUCAGAGCCAGAACUACAGACUCAGAGCCAGAACUACAGACUCAGAGCCAGAACCACAGACUCAGAGCCAGAACCACAGACUCAGAGCCAGAACCACAGACUCAGAGCCAGAACCACAGACUCAGAGCCAGAACCACAGACUCAGAGCCAGAACCACAGACUCAGAGCCAGAACCACAGACUCCGAGCCAGAACCACAGACUCCGAGCCAGAACCACAGACUCCGAGCCAGAACCACAGACUCGGAGCCAGAACCACAGACUCGGAGCCAGAACCACAGACUCGGAGCCAGAACCACAGACUCGGAGCCAGAACCACAGACUCGGAGCCAGAACCACAGACUCGGAGCCAGAACCACAGACUCGGAGCCAGAACCACAGACUCGGAGCCAGAACCACAGACUCGGAGCCAGAACCACAGACUCGGAACCACAGACUCGGAACCACAGACUCGGAGCCACAGACUCGGAGCCAGAACCACAGACUCGGAGCCAGAACCACAGACUCAGAGCCAGAACCACAGACUCAGAGCCAGAACCACAGACUCGGAGCCAGAACCACAGACUCAGAGCCAGAACCACAGACUCGGAGCCAGAACCACAGACUCGGAGCCAGAACCACAGACUCGGAGCCAGAACCACAGACUCGGAACCACAGACUCGGAGCCACAGACUCGGAGCCAGAACCACAGACUCAGAGCCAGAACCACAGACUCAGAGCCAGAACCACAGACUCAGAGCCAGAACCACAGACUCGGAGCCAGAACCACAGAAUCAGAGCCAGAACCACAGACUCGGAGCCAGAACCACAGACUCGGAGCCAGAACCACAAACUCAGAGCCAGAACCACACACUCAGAGCCAGAACCACAGACUCAGAGCCAGAACUACAGACUCAGAGCCAGAACCACAGACUCAGAGCCAGAACCACAGACUCAGAGCCAGAACCACAGACUCAGAGCCAGAACCACAGACUCAGAGCCAGAACCACAGACUCAGAGCCAGAACCAAAGACUCAGAGCCAGAACUACAGACUCAGAGCCAGAACCACAGACUCAGAGCCAGAACCACAGACUCAGAGCCAGAACCACAGACUCAGAGCCAGAACCACAGACUCAGAGCCAGAACCACAGACUCAGAGCCAGAACCACAGACUCAGAGCCAGAAACCACAGACUCAGAGCCAGAACCACAGACUCAGAGCCAGAACCACAGACUCAGAGCCAGAACCACAGACUCAGAGCCAGAACCACAGACUCAGAGCCAGAACCACAGACUCCGAGCCAGAACCACAGACUCCGAGCCAGAACCACAGACUCCGAGCCAGAACCACAGACUCGGAGCCAGAACCACAGACUCGGAGCCAGAACCACAGACUCGGAGCCAGAACCACAGACUCGGAGCCAGAACCACAGACUCGGAGCCAGAACCACAGACUCGGAGCCAGAACCACAGACUCGGAGCCAGAACCACAGACUCGGAGCCAGAACCACAGACUCGGAGCCAGAACCACAGACUCGGAGCCAGAACCACAGACUCGGAGCCAGAACCACAGACUCGGAGCCAGAACCACAGACUCGGAGCCAGAACCACAGACUCGGAGCCAGAACCACAGACUCGGAGCCAGAACCACAGACUCGGAGCCAGAACCACAGACUCGGAGCCAGAACCACAGACUCGGAGCCACAGACUGAGCCAGAACCACAGACUCAGAGCCAGAACCACAGACUCAGAGCCAGAACCACAGACUCAGAGCCAGAACCACAGACUCGGAGCCAGAACCACAGACUCGAGCCAGAACCACAAACUCAGAGCCAGAACCACAGACUCAGAGCCAGAACCACAGACUCAGAGCCAGAACUACAGACUCAGAGCCAGAACCACAGACUCAGAGCCAGAACCACAGACUCAGAGCCAGAACCACAGACUCAGAGCCAGAACCACAGACUCGGAGCCAGAACCACAAACUCAGAGCCAGAACCACAGACUCGGAGCCAGAACCACAGACUCGGAGCCAGAACCACAGACUCGGAGCCAGAACCACAGACUCGGAGCCAGAACCACAGACUCGGAGCCAGAACCACAGACUCGGAGCCAGAACCACAGACUCGGAGCCAGAACCACAGACUCGGAGCCAGAACCACAGACUCGGAGCCAGAACCACAGACUCGGAGCCAGAACCACAGACUCGGAGCCAGAACCACAGACUCGGAGCCAGAACUACAGACUCCGAGCCAGAACCACAGACUCCGAGCCAGAACCACAGACUCGGAGCCAGAACCACAGACUCGGAGCCAGAACCACAGACUCAGAGCCAGAACCACAGACUCCGAGCCAGAACCACAGACUCGGAGCCAGAACUACAGACUCCAAGCCAAACUGCAAACAUGGCCACCCACUUCCUUACAGCUCCGGUCGCGUGGCUCUGACAGUGAGGAUGAGAAGGGGGGUUCUUCCUUGCGUGGCCUGGCACAGCUCAGUCUGGAUGGCUUGAGCUCACAGGAGGUCAAUGGGGCUCAGGUCUAUCUAAACCAGCAGGAUGGCGCCCUCUACUGGCCUGUGCUCUUCCUCUACCCCGAGCACCAGCAGAGCGACUUCAUCUCGGCCUUCUGUGAAAACCACUGCUUCUCCGAUCACCUGUCCGUCAUGUUCGGCGAGGAACUGCCCCCAUGGGACACACAGCAGAAGUAUCGCCCUUCAAAUCUGCUGUUAUUCUUUGAAGACCGGCAUAACGAGACCCUUCACCAGGUUUCCCCGCAGACCCCUCUUCUACAAGCAUUGCAGCAUCAACGGUGUUUCAUCAAAGCCGGAACACCGAGUUUUAUUGUAUUAGUGAAAGACUCUGGAUUCUGCAGGCAGUAUUUAUCCACAAAGACAGUGAAAAGAUUGUAA